AUGAUUAUUGAUAGAUUUUGGGCUGAAUUAUUCCGGCUUUCAUCGGAUCGUACCCAAUGGAAUAUGUUGUAUCCAUCAUUGCUAUCCAUUACGGUUAUUGAAAUGCCAUCCCGAAAACAUGAUGUCAAUUGUAAAGCUAUUCGAUUGCUUAUCAAAAAUGAAUCCGGAAUUGUUGAUGAGCAAAUUCUUGAUCCAUCAAGUCGUAUCACUCGUGUAUCAUCUUGUUUUGCUUAUUGGCAUUAUCGUGGUGAAACAUACGGUAUUAAUGUAGUCUCGGUUGAUGACUGUGAUCGAUUCUAUAGGAUGAUCAAAGGUAGUUAUGAGAUGUCAAGGUGCAUCACUACACGUGACCCUACCCCUACGUCAUCAUCUAUGCAAUCAACCAUCAUUCCAGCGUUUAUAACGCAAAUUUUUGAAGUAAACGAAGGUGUCGUCAAAAAUCGUAAUGGAUCAUUUACGGAAUGCAUAAUUAAACUUACUCAAAACGGUGCUUUAAUUCGCUUUAAGGGCAAAGAUUUCUCUCUUAAUUUGGUAUGUGUUUAUUUUUUUUAA